AUGAGCACGGAAAUGCAAACCUUGGAUUUCCUGGCGAUCGACACCACUGGCAACGACAAAGAUGAGAACCCAAGUAAGAAAAAACGGAAGGCGAACACUCCCGUCAAGAUUGGAGACAAUACAAAUAAAAAUGCGAAAACUCUCAAAAGGAACUUGAAUUCGAUAUUAAAACAGAUCAACCUCCUUAACACAAUCGUGAAAGACGCAUACAAACCAAAGAAGGAAUACAUAGACAUUUCCACGGCCUUGGACAUGUGCGCCAGACAACUUCAGAAGGGAGGACUGAUGGAAUGGCUAGAAAGAAUCGAAUCCGACUCCGUAGGAUCCGAUCAACAGACGAAAUCUCAAUGCCCUCAGAAUGACAAUAAGAGCAUGUCAACCAUUGGAACCCAGGUUACAGAGAGCGAUCUGGAGGAAGAACUGGAGAUAUCUAAAAAAGCCACCCUGAAGAGAAUAAAGGAUAUACUGAAGGAAGAUGAAGGUUUUGACUGUAUCUCAGGAGUACUCGACGAACCAUGGCCCGAGGAAUUAUUCAAGCGAACCAAAGCUCAGGAUACCGACGUAUCUGUACACAAGACAACAGGAGAUAUGGUCAUCGUUGCAAACCCGCAGGACCUGAAAUUUGACAAAACUAUGGAGACACUGACUCUGAUACACCCGGAUCUGAACGAAAUGAUAAGCAGUAAUGAUGGCGAAGUUGACUUUGUUUUGAACGCAACAAAGACAAUUAAUAGAAAUAAGGAGGAAUCUGAAAGGGUGCGCGCUUUAUACCUGAUACCGUGGGCGGAAACAUCUGAACGGACAAAGAGUACCAGAAGUCUAUAUGAUCAUGUCAGAAAACUGAAAGACGCAAUGAAAGUUCACCCGACAGACAAAAUUCAUAUAAUGAUGACUGAAGGCUUGAAGGAUGACGGUCCUAGGAAGAUUCUCGAGUAUGUCUUCCAGAACGAAGAAAUCAAUAUUACAUUGAUAGGAAGGACUCUAGGAGACACAAAUAAGAGUAAACACAAGUUUUCACCAGAGAAAAUGAUCGUUAAAUGCGGGGGCACGACGUAUGCAGAUAUGCUGAGGGAUAUCAGAACAAAUGUCGAUAUAAGCAGAAUGGGCGUCAAUGUGAAAACUAUUAGAAAGACUGCGAAAGGGGACCUAAUGCUAGAGCUGGAGGGCGGAAAAGGCAAGGCAAAUGUUCUCAAGGAGGAAAUCAUCAAAAAGAUAAACCAUACUGACAUAAGAGUACACAGGCAGGAAACCUUGAUACACAUAAAUGAUAUAGAUGCGAUAACAGAUAUCAAAGAAAAGGAGUUUUAUUGGGGUAGUCCGGGUCUGCACAACUCCACCCGGGAGUCCCCAUUCGCCAGGGAAAGGCAGAGCAAGUACCUGGUGUCGUAA